AUGGCAUUUCUUUUCCGUAUAAUAAUAUCGUUUCUGACUACUACUACUACUACUACUACUACUACUACUACUACUACUACUACUACUACUACUACUACUACUACUACUACUAAUACUAAUACUAAUACUAAUACUAAUACUAAUACUACUACUACUAAUACUAUACUACUAAUACUACUACUUAUUGUUAUUAUUGUUAGUAGUAAUAGUAAUAGUAUUUUCGUUGGUGUAAUCAAUGAUAAAUAG